UUGACCAGUAGCCUGUGCAGCUUAUCAUAACAAGGCCUGGGUGCGGUUUACACAUCGCUCCAGCCGCGCCUUUUCCUGUCACAACGGAACGGCUGUGCGUAAGGACGGCGGGUCAGCUGACAGCUAUCAGAGGACCCGGAGGAAGGAGCGGAAUUAGCGGGUGUGUGAACUGGGAAGCGACUGGAUCCUGGCAGAAGCUAUAUCCGAGGACAUACGGGGAGCGAAAGACUGGUGGCGUUCGUGAGAGAACUAGGUCUCUCGCUCUUCUCAUGCGGGGUUUGGUUUCACCAUGGCCAGUUGGGACUGAGAAGCAGCCAAAAUGAUCGGAGGAUUGUUCAUCUACAACCACAAGGGGGAGGUCCUCAUCUCCCGGGUCUACCGAGAUGACAUUGGGCGCAACGCGGUCGAUGCGUUCCGUGUGAAUGUGAUUCACGCCCGACAGCAGGUUCGAUCCCCGGUGACCAACAUCGCCCGCACCAGUUUCUUCCAUGUUAAGCGCUCGAACAUCUGGUUGGCGGCCGUCACCAAGCAGAAUGUCAACGCCGCCAUGGUGUUCGAGUUCCUUUAUAAGAUGUGUGAUGUCAUGACGGCCUACUUUGGCAAGAUCAGCGAGGAGAACAUCAAGAACAACUUUGUGCUCAUCUACGAGCUGCUGGAUGAGAUCCUGGACUUUGGAUACCCCCAGAACUCAGAGACUGGAGCUCUGAAGACCUUCAUCACCCAGCAGGGCAUUAAGGGACAGCACCAGACAAAGGAGGAGCAGUCUCAGAUCACCAGCCAGGUGACGGGGCAGAUCGGCUGGCGGCGUGAAGGCAUCAAGUAUCGCCGCAAUGAGCUUUUCCUGGAUGUUCUGGAGAGCGUCAACCUGCUCAUGUCACCACAAGGCCAGGUCCUCAGCGCCCACGUGUCGGGCCGAGUAGUGAUGAAGAGCUACCUGAGCGGGAUGCCCGAGUGCAAAUUUGGCAUGAAUGACAAGAUUGUCAUCGACAAGCAGGGCAAGGGAGGAGCAUCGGACGACGCAGGGAAGAGUGAUUUAGGGGGAGGAAGCAGCGGGAAGCAGUCCAUAGCCAUCGACGACUGCACCUUCCACCAGUGUGUGCGCCUCAGUAAGUUCGACUCGGAGCGUAGCAUCAGCUUCAUCCCCCCGGAUGGAGAGUACGAGCUCAUGAGGUAUCGCACCACUAAAGACAUCAUCCUGCCGUUCAGAGUUAUCCCUCUGGUCCGGGAGGUUGGCCGCACUAAACUGGAGGUUAAGGUGGUCAUCAAGUCCAACUUCAAACCCUCGCUGCUGGCCCAAAAGAUCGAGGUGCGCAUACCCACGCCCCUCAACACCAGCGGCGUGCAGGUGAUUUGUAUGAAGGGAAAAGCAAAGUACAAGGCCAGCGAGAACGCCAUUGUCUGGAAGAUCAAACGCAUGGCUGGGAUGAAGGAGUCUCAGAUCAGUGCUGAGAUCGAGCUGCUGCCAACCAACGAUAAGAAGAAAUGGGCCAGGCCUCCCAUCUCUAUGAACUUUGAGGUUCCAUUCGCUCCCUCUGGUCUGAAGGUUCGCUACUUGAAGGUGUUUGAGUCCAAGCUCAACUACAGUGACCACGACGUCAUCAAAUGGGUGCGAUACAUCGGCCGCUCUGGCAUCUACGAAACCCGCUGCUAAAGCCGCUCCCGGCAGCGAACUGACCACUGCUCUCCCCUCCUCCCCCCUCUAUCCUGUUAAGAUUUUUUCUCCUGCUCCUUCCUACUUUGUCUCUCUCUCUCCUCCCUACAAUCCUUAUAGCUCCUCCCACCCACCACCACCUUCUCACCCCUUCCUAAUUAGGUGUUGGAGAUUGAAUUUACAUCGUAUGAAAAAAAAAAGUAAAUAUGAUAUACUGCACAGAUAUAUGCAAAAUGUGAACCAUUGUACCGUAUAUAUCUCGUAGUGAUGAGUAAAAACCUGUAAACCAACUGGUGUCCGAAAGAUAAAAAGACGUGAUGCAGGUGUGGACCAGGGGGAGAGGACCGGAAGCACCUCUGGGUGUCCCUCAGGGUCGCUCUCUUGUGUUUAUCCAGUGUUAUUAUUCCACUAUCUACUCUCCAGUUACUUUAGAAGUCCCCCACGUCCUAGAGGUAAUCCCUGGUAAGAUGAGUUGUAGCUGUUGUGCUUUAAAUGAAUCCCGAUAUAGUCCCUGUAUGAUUCUGUCUCAGUAGAGUCUACCCUUUAAAAUCCAGAUGCGUUGUCGGAUUCUGUAUUGUGGACUGAUUGAUAUUGAUCUGUGUUGUUUAGGACAUUUGGAUCAAAGGUCUCAUUUCAAAGUCUCUUAGAGAUGUUUUAAAAAAGAAAGAGAAUGAACUGAUAGUGGCUGAACUGUUUUUGUACUUUCUGGAAAGUGUAUUGUUUUUUUCCCCCCUUGCUAUUUUUCCAAUACUAGUGAGCAACAUUAAACAAAAGGGGAUAAUUCCAGUUUUGCGGUCUGAACAUCAUCCCGAUGAGCUCGUCUGUGACCCUACUGUCCGGACUCUUUAGCACCGAGAUCUACUUUGUCACACUGGUUUGAUUCAAAUGUUUUUGGGGAAAUCAGUGUGUGUGCAGUGGGGUGAGGUCUCCCCCUGGUGUUUCUCCUCGUCACUGUCUGCCUCUUCAUGUUUGUAGCCCUGGUGACCAUUCUGUCCAAUAAAAUCUGACUAUGUAACCAA